ACAACUAGAAGAGACCUCAGCAGCACUAAAACUGGAGUGCUCGUCACUUUUUUUUGACUUUCCGUUCUUGCCUCAAACUGGGACCUUUGAUAAAACCUGGAAACUGUGUGAAGAUCUUUCUGUUUGGGAAACUGAAGGAACAAGUGACCCAACUUGCUGGACUCACUAUUUGGAAAGAGACCAGGCACAGGAUGUUUUGUUCGAGAAGACUGCUUCAGCAGUGGAGUUUCGCCGUGUUUCUGCUCUGCUCCCCUGUGCCCUAUUACGGCCGACCCAUUGAUGCGCUCACUAACCGCAUGAGGCGCUCCGUGACCCAUGCCCAGCUGAUGCAUGACAAGGGCCGCACGCUGCAGGACUUCAAGAGGCGCAUGUGGCUCCAGGAGCUGCUGGAUGAGGUGCACACGGCAGAGGUGCGAGAAUUGCCAGACCGAGCGGGUGGGGCGGCAGGCGGGGGUGUGGCCGUUAUCAGCGGGGUCCUCCCCAAACCUGCUGGAAGCACCAAGAACUACCCCGUUGGGUUCCGCCUGGAUGAAGAAGGCACCCACCUGCCCCAGGAGACCAACAAGUCACAGACUUAUAAGGACCAGUCGCUGAAGGCGGCCAGUAAAAAGAAGAAGAAGGGCCGUACUGGGAAGCGCCGGGAGAGCGAGAAGAAGAGGCGGAGGGCUCGCUCACUGCCAGGGCCAAGGGCCAGAAGCAGCUUCCUCCUGCAGCGGCAGCCAUUCUUCGGCCUGCUGGCACAGCUCCACUAAGACUCCGUCAGUCUCUGACACAGAUAACCUAAAGACAUUUCAUUGGGAUCCAUAGACUCAUUGCAGUAUUCUGUAAUAGUGAUUUUUGGAAGGUAAUGGGGGGAAAUAUUUAUUGUUUGUAAAUAAUUUAAAUGCACCAGAAUAGUGAUUAUGAUAAUAAUGAAAAAAUAUGUCAUGCAACGCUCUGUGGAGCUUUUGGUUAUUGUGAAUAUUUCUUUUUUGUUAGGACUUCGCCAAUUAUAAAUGUCAGAUUUGCCAUAAUUUAUUUUUCUUUAAAUGGUGUAUUUAUUUUGUAAAUGUAUGAUGGUGCUGCUGACUUUCUAUAUUUUUGUAACAUAUUGCACUUUAGAUAUAUGAAUAUAUGAAUCAAGUAAUUUUGUUAACUGACCUUAUAAAAUGUUCUCUUUUUGUGGUUUAUUUGGAUGAAGAAAACGCCGAUACUCUGACCUUGUAUAUCCCUAGCUCGAUUUUGACAGAUUGAUUUCCCAGCCUCCAAAACUCUGUGCUCUCCUUGUUUUCCGCUGUGUCCCCCGAGUUCCACGAGGCUCUGCUCCAAGACACGCCGGAUUUUCUCUGUGUACGUUGUGCUUCCAACCUGUACAAUACCUCAGUCGGUUUCUUCAUGUUUCUAGGAUCCAUCUGCAAAAGCCAGGGUUCACUCUGUACAUAAACUGGACACAUCGACUAUAUAUUGUUUAGCACUUGCACUGAGAGAACACCCUAUUUUGAAAUGAUUAAACAUU